UAAGCGCUUCCUCAUACAAUUGCACUUGCUUCUUCAUACUACUGACUGCUGGGAAAGAGAACAUCUUCAGCUUGUAUUUACUGAUGGAAAAAUAAAGUCAAGGUUAUGUCGGAGUCAGCUCAUUAACAGGGAAUCCAGUGGAUAAAUAGUUUCUUACAUCAGCUCAAAAAAUGGAGAAGACGUCACAGCAAGCACAAGUGAAUGCGGAGCAGCAACUGCUUCCAAACACAAGGAGAAGGUUCAGCUUCUCAUCUCUUCGUAUAAAAAAAAGGCACAACAGCAACGAAGAGGCUGGAUUUGGAAGGCGCAGAGGGUUGCUGUCGUUUUCAUCAGUGAGAGAGUCAUCAAGGAAGGAGCCGGUCUCCGAUGGUGAUGGUGCCUCCCAGCUCCGUGGUUCUCAAGACCAGGUGAAGAAGACAGAGCAGCAACUGUUUCCAAACACAAGAAGAAGUUUCAACUUCUCAUCUCUUCGUAUAAAAAAAAGGCACAACAGCAACGAAGAGGCUGGAUUUGGAAGGCGCAGAGGGUUGCUGUCGUUUUCAUCAGUGCGUGAGUCACCAAGGAACGAGCCGGUCUCCGAUGGUGAUGGUGCCUCCCAGCUCCGUGGUUCUCAAGACCAGGUGAAGAAGACAGGUGAACAGCCCAUAGGGAACGUCAUCUCUGAUGUCGCUGGAAACCACGGUCCCAUCCCAACAGGUGAAGAUGAAGGUGGACAACAAGGGGCCCUCAAGAGGUUUAGUGCUAUGUGGUCCUCCUUCCGCAGAGGCAGAAAAGACAGAUCGAAAGACCAGGAGCCUGCAGAGCCACUCGGCCAAGCAGUGGAACCCAACACAUCCAGGCAGCAACGCUACUUGAGUGGUCAGUACUUCUUUGAGUAUCUGGUGGUUGUCAGCCUCAAGAAGGACAAGGAUGGAAGCAGCUAUGAGCCUCAGAUCACCUACCAGUUUCCCAAGAGGGAUGGGAUGGCCAGAUCCCAGAAGGAGGAAGAAGAGAAGACGCUAAAGGCAAUCACAUUGUUUUGUUUCCCAGAAGGCAUCAACUGGGCUCCUUUAACAGAAUACCACAGUGAGACCUUCUCCUUUGUUCUGACUGAGGUUGAUGGCAGCAGAAGAAAUGGAUACUGCAGGAGGUUAUUGCCCGGAGGGAAAGGAGCUCGCCCCCCGGAGGCGUACUGCAUCAUUAGCAGUCUGGCUUGUUUCGGCCUCUUUUCCAAGAUAUUUGACGAGGUUGAGAAGCGGCGGCAGAUCUCCAUGGCUAUGAUCUAUCCAUUCAUGCAGAAGCUGCGGGAGGCCCCAUUCCCAGCUCCGGGAAACACUGUGGAGAUUAAGAGCUUCAUUCCUGAGUCGGGCACUGAGAUCAUCAGUCUGACGCGUCCACUGGAUUCAUGGCUGGAACAUGUCAACUUUGCCAAACUUUUCGACUGCCUGACAGAUGAUGAGGUGUUACUGGUGUUCGCGGCCGCUGUCCUGGAGAGACGGAUCAUUUUCAUCGCGGAUGAUCUUGGCACAUUAUCCCAAGUCAUUCAUGCAGUAGCAGCCCUCAUUUACCCCUUCACCUGGCAGCACACCUUGAUCUCCAUAGUUCCAAAGAUCCUGAUCGAUGUAGUGAUGGCACCCACCCCCUAUCUGCUGGGAGUCCAGAAGCGCCUGCUGGACCAGGUCGACGACCAGGGUGAUCUGAUGGUCGACUUGUCCGAGGAUAAAAAGAAGACCUUCAUUUUUUUGACUGGGGAUGAAGCCUCUAUUCUGCCCCCAAAGCUCCAAACAGAAAUACUAGAGGCACUAAGUAAAAGACAAGAAGCAUCAACAGUGGAGGAGCUGAACCGAGUGGUGUCGGAAGCCUUCCUGCAUUUCUUUGUGAAAACAGUCGGCCAUUACGCCUCAUAUGUGAAAUACCGUCGCGGGGCGCAGGGAGUGUUCGAAAAGAGAAGCUUCUACAAGGCCAUUGAGUCCAAGACCACUCGACACUUUGUCAAGAAGUUCAUACAGACACAGAUGUUUGACCUGUUUAUCCAGGAGGUGGAGCAGCAGCCUGGGCCGCAGCAAGGAAUAUUCCACAAAAAGAUCCUAGAAUACGAAGAAAAGAAGAAAAGGGACAAGGCACGGAAACACUAACUUUCAGCAGGGACUUUUGGUGUAUAUAAUAGAGUACAUAGGAAAAGAUGUGAAUGAUGUCCUGUGUCAGUUUGUUUUAAAUAUGUAUGCAAUGUGUGAAUUACUGUAUGGCUAGCUUGCUGCUACUCUGUCAAACACUGGCAGAAUGAGAGAGUUGAGUUCCAGGUGUUGAUUCUUGGCCUGCGGCCUGUGCUAAUGAGCAGGAAAAUCAUUUCAAUUAAAGACUAGUUUUUUAUGUCCACA